AUGACCGACACCGCCGCCGAACCGCUGAUCCCAGAAACCCACCACCAUGAAGACCACAGACGACCCAGCUCCGACUCAGCCGCAGACUUCGCAAUCGACGAGAACAGCCUCAUAGCCCCCGGCGCAUUUAUUUGGGGCCUCACAAUCUCCGCGGGUGUAAGCGACCUCUCCAACCGCCCCCUAACCACCCUCGACAAAUCUCUAAUCACGUCCUGCACAUCCUUCUUCGCCCUCCUUGCCUCCCCCCUCACGGGCAUCCUCGCAGACACAUAUGGCCGCAAAACCGUCAUCCUAGCCGCAGACAUCCUGUUCGUCGUCGGCGCCCUCUGGCAGGCAUGCACCAGCAGCGUCGCGGGCAUGAUAGCAGGGCGCAGCAUCGUCGGCGCGGCAGUCGGGAGCGCGAGUUUCGUCGUGCCGCUGUACAUCAGUGAGGUAGCGCCGAGUCCGUUCCGGGGGCGGCUCGUGACGGUGAGCAGUCUGUUCAUAACAGCCGGCCAGGUCGUGGCAUACGUAAUCGGAUGGGUGUUUUCCGCGCAGGCGGGCGGGUGGCGGUGGAUCGUCGGCCUGGGCGCGCUGCCCGCCGCGGUGCAGUUCUGCAUGUUAUUCGCCAUGCCUGAGACGCCGCGCUAUCUCGUCAAAGUCGGGCGGCGGGAGAAGGCAAGACAGGUGCUGAAGAGGGUGUACGGGGAUGGCGAGGGAAUCGAGGGCCUGGUCACACAAGUCCUGCGCAGAGUGGAAAAGGAGAUCCUGGAAGAAGAAGAUAUUUCCCGCAGCAGCUCAUCUUCCACCGCGGAAAAAAACACCUGGAAGGCUAAACUCGCGCGUAUAAAUGACACUUUCACGCACCUCACCUCCGUCGAGGGAAACCGCCGAGCGCUAGUCAUCGCAUGCAUGCUACAAGGCUUCCAGCAACUAUGCGGCUUCAACUCCCUAAUGUACUUCUCCGCGACAAUCUUCCACCUCGUAGGCUUCACCUCCCCCACCCUAACCUCCCUAAGCAUAGCCCUCACAAACUUCCUCUUCACCCUCCUCGCCUUCCACGCCAUCGACCGCAUCGGCCGGCGCAGAAUCCUCCUCCUCUCCCUCCCCAUAAUGGCCCUCGGCCUCGCCCUCUGCGCAAUCGCGUUCCACUACGUAGACAUGCCCACCCUAUCAAAAUCCCAGCCCCGCGACACAAACACAAACACAACCACAACCACAACCACAACCCUCUGGCCCCUCACCCUCCUAACAGCAAUGACCAUCUACGUCGCCUCCUACGCCGUCGGCCUCGGCAACGUGCCCUGGCAGCAAUCAGAGCUGUUCCCGCUGUCGGUCCGAUCCCUGGGGUCUGCGCUCGCGACGGCGACGAAUUGGGCGUCGAAUACGCUGGUUGGAUUGACGUUUCUGCCCAUGAUGGAGUUUGGUACGCCGGCGGGCACGUUUGCGCUGUAUGCGGGGGUGUGUGCGGUGGCGUGGGGGUGUGUUUGGGGGGUUUAUCCUGAGACGGCGGGGUUGGGGUUGGAGGAUGUGGGGGGGUUGCUUGCGGAAGGGUGGGGGGUUGAGGAGAGUGUUAGGGGGUUUAGGGCGAGGAGGGGGAGGGGUGGUUAG